AUGGCGACCAAGACGAUGCCCUUUGCCCUCAAGGGCGGCCACACUGCCGGCAUCUUUGCCGACAUGUCCGUCGACGGCCCACCCAUUGGCACCCUCGUCACCGUCGUCGACAGGGCCAAGAACCUGCCCAACCGCAAGACAAUUGGGAAGCAGGAUCCUUACUGCGCGGCCAGGCUCGGCAAGGAGGCAAAGAAGACGGCCACUGAUGUCCGUGGCGGUCAGACGCCCAAGUGGGAUCAAGAACUGCGCUUCACCGUCCACGAUUCCCCCGACUACUACCAGCUCAAAAUCUCCAUCUUCACCGACGACAAGAAGACGGACCUCAUUGGGGACGCCUGGAUAGACCUCAAGGCCAUCAUCGUCCCCGGAGGCGGCCAAAACGACGUGUGGCAGACCCUCAUGUGCAAGGGCAAGUACGCCGGCGAGAUUCGACUUGAAAUCACCUACUACGACAGUCGGCCAAAGCCCGACAAGCCGGCUGUUAAGCGCAGGCUCCCUAAUGCCUCGGACCAGGACAUGGGUUCGGUGAAGCAAAGGGCUGCCACCAAAAGACGGCCUCUGCCGUCUGACCCCGUCACUGGCGAGGCCCCGUCACCUCCUCCGUCGGCUCCCCAGCCCGCGGUACAUGCGUCCCCAGACCAUCACCAGCAAACGCCACCACGACCCCACGCCCAUGUCCCGACCCAAUCGCCGCUUCAGGCAGUAGAGUACAGUACCCCUGCGGCGCGCCAGCAUCCCGACCAGCCCAGGGAGGCGUACGACACGCCCUCGCGCCAUUACGACGAAAGUGCCUACGGGCCAAAUGUGGCCGGCUCUCCCUACGAUCAGCCCGUUUCGCGGGGCCAGCACUCUCCACUGCCGGAGCACCACACUGUGACGCUGCCCGAGGGAGACUGGGUGCAAUCUCAGCCGAUCGAGGACGAAUGCCCACCGCCACCGCCGGCGCAUCGCUCCAUGCCCAGCGGAGACGGCCAGGAGCUGGUGCGCCGGGGCAUUUACGACUCCCCGCCGCAGAUGGUGGCGCCCUCAACACCCAUGAGGCACGGGGUACUGAAGAGCGAGGCACUCAGGCACUCGGCCCCCACCUAUCCAGGCCGACCACUCUUCCGGCCCUAUGACCCAAAUUCGCCAGGCUCGAGUCCCUCCGAGUCCCACAACGGCUCUCCUGUCCCACCAAGGUAUCACUCGUACGAUCCUGCGAGCGACUCGCAGCACCGAUCGAUGCAGCCCACGGUGGAAGAUGUCCCGGAGUCUCCGCCAGGGGUUCUGGAGAGUUCUUACAAGCACGGUGGCCCGAGGUCCACCUCCAAUGACGAGAUGAUGUUCGAGUCGGCCCCUCGUUCGGAAACGAUGGAUCUCAUGCGCUCGCCCGCCGCAUCGUCGCGCCACGCGAGCCUGUCUCCUGGACACGGCCGCGGCGGGCUUCCGACUUCCGCAUCGCUCGUCCAUGUCAGGGACCAGUCGAAUGGCCUCAUGUAUCAGUCACUCAAGCGACAAAGCCAGCGCCCAAGCCCAAGACCUGAAUUUGAAGCGGGCCAGGCGCGCGGCUCUCCGGGCUGCGCCCUGCCAGAUGUCCCUGCGUCCCUGUCUCCUGGAAUGGACCCGGGCUUGUCUCGUGAGAUUUUGGAGCAAAUAUACGAGGAGCAUCGCCACGACGGCCGACAUGCAACGCCUCCUGGGACAACGCCGACGAGGGGUCGUCACGAUAACGACGAAUCCCAGGCAUACCGCUCCCACUCUCCAGGAUACGUGGCCCGUCUGUAUGAGGGCCGGCCCGAUGUGACCUACUCGGGAGGGCCAGAAACCCAGCUGGUCCGACGUGGUCACGCCUCACCUAGCCCGAGCCCGAGUCCGCAGCACAGAAUCCCGCGGAAAUCGGUGAGCCCUGGGCCGCCGGCGGCCGAGGACCGGAUGAUAUCCGAUACUCCUUUCAGCCCCGACUCGUACGACGCGCUGAAUCCUGCCCUGGGAUCGCCCCGGGAGCCCCGUCCGAAGACGGAACGAAUCGAAAUGGGCGGCAAGAUCAUCACACACGAUGGGCGGGAAGUUGACCCGUCGGACCACUUGCCAAUGGAGUCGUGGGCUCCGGAGCCUGAGCCAAAGGGCGGCCAGAUGCAGGCGUCGCCAGAUUCCCGUAGCAGGCCCACUCCGUCGGGAGCUCAACCCAUGCCCCCCAGUGGCCGAAGGCCGCUUCGGAUUGCUCGCGCGCAGCCAAGCACGACGUCGCCGCCUUCAUAUCAUUUUGACGACAGCCCUCGCACGCCUCCGGUGUCUGGACGCGGUCGGCUUCAGAAGAAGGCCGCACGAGGACCCCCGGGGCCCUCGGCCGCCAUGUCCAGCCCUCUCGCACCCGUUUCAACGGACAACUUCCAAGAACGACAGAUUGUGUACACUCGAACGGGCGGACCCCGUCGCUGGGGCUCAUGGGAUUACCCCAACGAGAACCACGCACCGCAGCAUAACGCCGCUCCGCCGAUUCCGGCUAAGAUCCCCUUUACGGCGAUGAGCGGCGCCAACGGAGGGGGGGAGCUGGCAUUGAUGCACGAGAUGCAGCGGAUUGACAUCGGGUCCGGCAGGUCUAGACGCCGGGGAGGAUAUUGA